GGUGCAACUAGUUUAUUCUCGAAAGAGAUGCAUCCCGACCCCCAACUUUUAAUUCCCAAUGAAUUACCUUUUGAUGAGUUGGGAGUGGUCGAUGCUGUUCCAAUCAACAUGGAAGCACACCCGCCGAAUGAAUCUCCAGUGUACAGAAACAAGAUGCAUCCACAAAGUUUGGUUGCUAAUCUUCAUCCAGAUUUGGAUACUCAUCAUCGAUUGUUUGAAAAUUCAGUGAAGCUAUUCAAGGAUAGACCAUGUUUUGGAUCCAGACCAAUUGAUUACACCACAGGCAAAUCAGCUGGCCAUUACGAGUCCUUGACUUAUAAGGAAGUGAAUAUUAGAAAACAAAAUUUGGGUUCAGGUAUAUUACAUGUUUUGAAUAAUAAUCCAUUCGUGGACACCAAUUUGAGUAGCCACCAAAAGAUUUUAAGCCAUCAACUGAAGUAUCGCUCAUACGACUUUCACGACGACAAUAUCUCUUUUGUUUUAUCAAUUUUUUCAGCAAAUAGAAUGGAAUGGCUAUUAACUGACUUGGCAUGCUCAUCCUAUUCUAUUACAAACACCGCGUUGUACGAUACUCUAGGCGAAAAUGUUGCAAAACAUAUAUUGGAGAGUACCGAAAGCCCCAUAAUUAUUUGUUCUAAGGACAAAAUCAAGAUGUUAUUGAAGCUCAAGCAAGCAAAUGCUACCAGCUUGCAGAAUGUCAUUGCCAUUGUUUCGAUGGACCCUUUGACCGAUCAAGAUAAUGGAAUGGUUACCUUGGGUGAAGAUUUACGUAUUGCAGUCCAUGAUAUGUACCAGGUUGAGCUCUUGGGAUCGAUUAAUACGCAAAAUGAAUUGCCUCCCUUGCCCCAAACAGUUUAUACGAUUUCAUUUACGUCAGGUACCACUGGGUCCAAUCCAAAAGGAGCCAAAAUCACUCAGGCUAACAUUGCUAGUGCUAUGAGCUAUCUUGCCACGGAAAUUCCUCAGAUCAAAGACGGACGAGCCUUAAUAUACUUACCCUUAACCCACAUUUACGAAAGAGGAACUUCAGCAUUUGCUUUAACCACUGGGUACUAUCUUGGGUUUCCUCGUACAAUCACUGCCAAUAGUGAAAGGGGAGAUGCUUUUUCCAAUUUGAUUGAAGACUGUAAGAUAUUCAAGCCUCAUUAUUUCUCAAUUGUGCCUAGGCUUCUUACCAAGCUUGAAUCGGUGGUUAAAUCGUAUAUAGCUCAAGAAACCGAUUCAAUUAAUGCACAAUUGAUCAACAAAAUCAUUCAGUAUAAAACGUCAAGACAAUCGGUUAGAGAUGCUGCCAAAGGUGAGAACCAUUUGAUAGAUAACUAUCCUGGUUAUACUUACUUGAAAAAAAUGUUGGGAUUUGAUAACUUGAUUUGGACUCAGACGGCUUCGGCCCCCAUAAACCCUGCAACGUUGAUCUACUUAAAGGCUAGUUUAAGUAUUGGUGUAAGUCAAUUGUAUGGACUCACAGAAGUCACCGGAGCUUUCACCAAAGGUCAUCCCUAUGAGUGCAUACCAGGAUCCUGUGGGAGCACUGGGGUAUCAUGUGAGGUGAAAUUGGUUAGCCGUGAGGAAAUGGGUUACACUGUUGACGAACACAAGGGAGAACUAUUAAUAAGAGGACCCGGGGUAUUCCCAGGCUAUUUCAAGAAUGAUGAAGAGACAAGCAAGGUUUUAGAUUCUAACCUGGGCUGGUUUAGUAGUGGAGAUAUUGCCCGUAUUGAUCCCAACAACGGCCGCAUAUACAUCAUCGACCGAGUUAAGAAUUUCUUCAAAUUGGCUCAAGGAGAAUACAUAUCACCCGAGAAAAUUGAAAACAUUUACCUACUGAAGAAUCCAAUCAUACAACAAUUAUACAUCCAUGGUGAUUCCAUCAGACAUUGGUUGGUUGGAAUCGUUGGUAUUUCCCACGAGCUGGGAAUCAAGUUCCUAAACGACGAAUGUGGGUACAAUCGAGCUGAUAUGUCGGUCGCCGAGAUCUUUCAAGAACUCAAUAAAGUCGAAAAUAAAGCCAUUUUUUUGAAGAAAAUUAAUCAAAAUGUCAGCAGUAGCAUAAACGGCUUGGAAAAACUCCAUAAUAUCCACAUUGAGCUUAACCCACUCACCUUAGAUAGAAACGUUGUCACUCCCACCUUCAAAAUCAAACGAGGUGUUGCUUCAAAGUUUUUUGCAUCCAUCUUCAACCGAUUAUAUGAUCUUGAAAGAUCUUUGGUUGAGCACUCCAAAUUGUAG